AUGAAUUUUUUGCUUUUCUCGCUAUUUUCUAAGUGUUCAGAGGUUAAUGGUAUAUUCAAGCGAGUAUAUUCUGAUAAGAUAGUUGUUUUAGAUGUCAGUGGUUCAUCGAGUCAAUACAUUAACGGGUCAAGACAAUUAACAAAACCAGAAUAUGCAAUUUAUCCUUGGGAUAAAAACUAUGAUUGGUGUUCUAACUGUUAUCGUAGCAAUGAUGAGCAUCCAUAUAUCACAUUUUCUUUAAUUAACAAAAAAUUCAAAAUUAAAGGAUAUUUUCUUCGUGCAGGCUGCUGCUAUCAAAAUGGAUGCUGUUGUGAAGAAAUUGGCUACUGUGUAAUGUGUUGUUUGUAUAGCUGGUCCUUGCAAAUAUCAGAUGACAACAAAACAUGGAAAGAAAUUCAUCGAAUUGAUAAAGAUAUUGAAAUGAGAAGAUGCAAAGAGCAAACAUAUAAUUUUGAUCAAGAAUACACAGCUAAGUAUGUUAGACUUAUCCAGAACGAACCAUGUCCUGAAGAUCCUCCUUGUAUUGCAUUAAAUAAAAUUGAAUUUUUAGGUGAUGUGACAAACUUUGACAUUAACGAAGAAUUUGUAUCAUAUCAUGAUGACGAUGAUGAUGUUAGUAUUAUAGGUCAUAUAUCCAAAAAUGGAAAUGUAAGAUUUAGUUAG